AUGUUAGUGGAAGAAAAUUUCUGUAAAACUACAGUUUUAUUGGAUAGUGGUCAUUUUCAGGUGGAUUUACCACUGAAAGGUCCUAAUGCGAACGGGACAUUAGGAGAGUCAUUUGAUUUCGCACGAAAAAGAUUUUAUCAAUUAGAGAAACGAUUUGAGAAAAACCCAGAUCUCUUUCUUCAGUAUAAGAAAUUCAUCGAUGAAUAUAUUUCCCUAAAUCACGCUCGUAUUGUACCCCUCUCUAUGAAGAGUGAUCAGAACGAAAAUAAGUAUUUCUUUCCUCAUCACUGUGUUAUACGAAAUGACAGUAAAAGCAGUAAACUUCGAGUUGUGUUUGAUGGUUCGCUGAAAACUUCAUCUGGUCUCUCUCUUAAUGACAUAAUGUAUAAAGGGUACACAGUACAGCCUGACCUGUACGAUAUUCUGCUGCGCUUUAGAACCUUUAAAUAUGUAAUUACUUCUGAUAUCGAGAAAAUGUACCGGCAAGUAAGAAUCAAUCCGAAGCAUACAUAUCUGCAUAACAUCCUAUGGCGGGAAAAACCGUGUGAAAAGCUCCAGUGUAUAGAAUUAUCAACUGUUACAUAUGGCACUAACUGUGCCCCUUAUUUAGCUACCCGAGUACUGAAAGAACUUGCUGUUAUUAAUCAAAAAACAUUUCCACUUGCUUCAAAUGCUCUUCUCUCCCAAUGUUACGUAGAUGACAUUCUCUGUGGCCAAGAUUCAUAUGAAAAUCUUGUCGAAUUACACCGUCAACUGAUGCAAUUAUGUAAAUUAGGAAAUUUUCACUUACACAAAUGGUGUUCAAACUCAAAUUCACUUCUCAACAAUAUUAAUCACUCUCACAAAUCUGAUAUUUCUCAAGAAAAUUACGAUAUUAAAGUAGAUGGAAUUUCAAACAAAGUUCUAGGAAUAUUUUGGAACCCCAAUUUGGAUGUAUUCUCUAUAUCUUUACCGAUACCUUCGGAAGAAAAACAAGUUACUAAACGCGAAGUUCUCUCAAAAAUAGCUCAAAUGUUUGACCCAUUAGGAUUAAUUGGUCCAGUUAUUGUUAUAGGAAAACUAAUGAUGCAAGAAAUCUGGAAAACUAAAAUUGAUUGGGAUGAUUUUUUAGAGAAGAUAUUCUUAUAA